AUGCUGGUGAUCCGUCAGAAGCCACACAAGUUGUUGAGGGAAAUUAGGAAUUACUACGAUUGUAGGUACAUUUCGGCAUGUGAGGCAGUCUGGCGUCUAUUUAGAUACGAAAUUCAAGAGAAAGAACCAUUUGUGAUUAGACUUCCAUUUCAUUUGGUGGAUGAGCAACAUGUAGUUUAUGGUGAAACUUCUAAUGUGAAUGAUAUCGUCGAAAGAGCAAUAUCUCAUAAGUCCAUGUUUUUGGGAUGGAUGGCGGCGAACAUGUCAUAUCCCUAUGCUCGAAGUCUGACUUAUGCCGAGUUUCCAACCAAGUUUGUUUGGAAGGACGAUUCUUCAAAGUGGUUUCCUCGAAAGAAAGGCUUCGCAAUUGGAAGACUCAUGUACCUACAGAGAGCUGUGAUGAACAUGAGGGAAUUAACAAUGUCAGAUGAUGAGAUUAAGCAGUUGUGCUUAAUGGAUAUAGACAAGAUCUUACAUUCCUAUGGUAAAACCUUGAAAGACUAUCCUCCAAUGCCUUUAGCAACUGAAGUUGAUAGUUCUUUGUUAACCAAAAGGGGGAGUUUUUUCUUUGUGUAUGGUCAUGGGGGUACUGGAAAAAUAUUUCUCUGGAACCUUAUGUCUGCUGAGAUUCGCUCAAGGGGUGAUAUAGUGUUAAACAUUGUUUCGAGUGGUAUUGCAUCUUUACUUCUUCCCAAUAGAAGAACGGCACACUCAGGGUUCAAAAUACCGCUGAACAUAACUGAGGAUUCUGUAUGUAACAUCAAACCUGGUUCCCCUCAAGCAAUGUUGCUGUUGAAAGCCAAACUUAUAAUUUGGGAUGAAACUUCAAUGGUUAGUAGGUACUGCUAUGAAGUGCCUGAUAAAUGCUUGGGUGAUAUCCUGAGGUGUUCUCCAACAUAUAGCAAAGAUUUGUCCUUUGGAGGAAAAGUGGUUGUACUAGGUGGAGACUUUAGACAAAUUCUUCCUGUCAUUCCACGAGGAUCGAGACAAGAUAUCGUUCAUUCAACCGUGAAUUUGUCUUACCUUUGGAAGUUUUGUCAGGUGCUCAAACUAACAAAAAACAUAAGACUCUCUGUAGAGAAGACUGCUUCAGAUCAAGAUGAGACAGAGCAAUUUGGUGAGUGGUUAUUGAAAGUUGGUGAUGGUCUAAUAGGUGACAAUAUGGAUGGUGAAUAUGAGAUAUGUCUUCCAGUAGAUAUUGUUAUUCCUUCUUCAGACCAAGCAUUUGAUGAGUUGGUUCAUUUUUUUUAUCCAAAUAUUUUGGAAAACAUGUCCUCAAAGGAUUUUUUCAAAGCAAGAACUAUACUGGCUCCCACAAUAGACAUCGUUGAAGAGGUCAACAACCAUCUGAUGGCUAUCAUUCCUGGAGGGAAAAAAUUAUAUCUUAGUUCGGAUUCCAUUUGUAUGGAUGAAGGAAAUAUAGAGUAG